AUGAUGACAUUUUUAGUUGUUGUUGUUGCGUUACCUCACGUGACCAUUCGUUGGUACCUUAGUCAGACCUCUGUUGUCUUUCUGACAGAGUGUGAGGAGGACCCAGAUAACGGAUGUACCCAGUUCUGCCACAACUACAUUGGAGGCUACCUCUGCUCCUGUCACCUUGGUUACUACCUGGACACAGACGGACACACCUGCACAGUGAGUUGCACUGAGGACCUGUCCGGCUCGCUGCGUGGUGUGAUAUCCAGUCCAUCUCGGCCCGGCCCGUAUGCUGAGCAUGCCCACUGCUCCUACAUCCUGUCAGUAGAGGACAACCUGGAGCUGCUCCUACACUUCACUGGGGAGUUUGAUGUGGAGCAGGGGCCAGACGGACAGUGUGUGGACACACUCAUGGUUGAGACUUCCGCUGGGACUCAGGGCCAUUCUGUGGCCGUGUGCCCCCCCCCCCCCCCCCGCCUGGGUCACACCAACGCUCCGCAUUAUCUUCAACUCUGA